AGAGAGAGAGAUUGAAGGAGAUGAUUUGGUUGCGUGUGCAGAACCAGAAUAUAAAACACCGAAGUCAGCAUCUCCCCCUCAUCAGCAGCAGUAUGGGCUGAGCCUGUGCUGCAUUCAACCCCCCAGCCCAUCUUGGACCCCUCCACUUUCUCUCAAGCUGAUGCUGUAAGCAGGCAGCCAGCAGGAGCGGAGGCUAUCUAGAGGUGCCAACACACUGCACAGCCAUGCCUUCAAGAAAAGCAAGGGAAGGAAGUGGCUAGAAAGUGGAAAUAUACCACCGUAACUUACUGCUGCCAAUGAGAAAAAGUGGGAAGGAAAAAAGAGUGAGAGUAAGUACAAGAAUAUACAGGAAAGGGAGACCGCGAAGAGGGAACGCGGACCUUACUGUCAAACCAGUGGAUUUAUAUAUACACAGAUAUGUAAAAAUAUUAAACAAUCGAAACUGCCUUUCGCCGAUUUAGAAAAGGAGGUCAAACAGAAGAAGAGAGGUUGCAACGAACAGAGAAAUGCCCUCAAAGUGAUGGAAAGGACCAGAACAGUCAACAUCACACCUGCCUCCAUGCCAGCUAACCUGCUGCUGCUUCUGCUACUUGGAGUGCGUGUGCUGGCCAUUUGCCCACCCAUGUGCACCUGUAGCAGGGGCCACAGAGUCGUGGACUGCUCUGCCCGUGGCUUGAGUCUCCUUCCUGACAGCCUCCAGCACAACAUUCAUUUCCUCAACCUGUCUCAUAACAGGCUCCAAGACCUUGAUGGACUCCUCAGCCAUCUUGACCACUUAAGAACUCUGGACAUCUCCUACAACCACCUCCACCACUUUCCGGUUGGCCUGCCCCGAGCUCUUUGGGACAUACAUGCUUCUGGAAACUACAUCCGUCAGUUGGAAAAGAAUGACACUGCCUAUCAUUGGAACCUUCAGUCUCUGGACUUGUCAAAGAACCAGCUUGAACGGGUGGUUUUGAUUAACAACACCCUGCCUAGCCUGCGAGCUCUCAAUUUCAGUCACAACAAAUUCUGGACUGUCCCAACGAAUAUCCCCCAUAACGUGGAGAUGGUGGACCUCUCUCACAACUACUUGCUGCAGAUUUUACCUGGCUCGCUGGAUCGGCUGCAGAGGCUCUCUAGGUUCUACCUGCAUGCAAAUCGGUUCACCUCGUUGAGUGACGGUGUCUUCAGUCAGCUGGUGGGACUACAGCUCCUAACACUCGGAGAUAACCCUUGGGCUUGUGAGGAUGAGGAGAACAUUAACCAUCUACUGACAUGGAUGCAGCAGACCACAGCGAAAAUCCUGGGCUGCCCUUGCUACACCAGGCCCACGUGUGGGGAGGUCCACCUAGUCACCAGGAGAACCUGGCUUUCGGCAUACACAGAGCCCCCCCUGGGUGCCGAUGCCCGUAAUCCUGGCCACCGAGCACCAAUGCAGGUAGUUACCUCUGGAUAUCUGCCUAAGUCAUCUCUGCUGAACCUCCCUCACAUUCCGAAUGCUGCUAACGCUUCUGGAGCAGGGGAGCAAGUGCUGAGCAUGGGUGGGGGAUUUCUCACUUCAACCCCACAUAGUCCGUCCACAAAGACAAGCACAACAAUCCGAACACGUAGCACGAAGAAGGUCCUUCCAAACCGAGCUCGCAGCACAAGUCAUCAAAUCCGAAGGUGUAACUUUGAAACUGCAGUUCUGAAUCUUUUAUGCAUUGCAGUGAUUUUCAGUGUUUUGUAGAUUUACAUAACAAUAUUGAACUAAAAAGCUGAAAGAAUGCAAAAAGAUACUCACCUGUUUGGUCUUAAAACAUAACACUCGUGAUCAUUCUUCACCGUAUGCAAUUUCGGGCUGCUUUCAACAAACUUAUGGCUUUCUAUGGAUGUGACUGAGUAUCAUAUGGCUACUGUGUAUACUCGCAUCAUCUAGAAUGCAUACAAGUACAACAGAAUUACCAGUUUAUUGGUGAGGCAAAAAGAAUGCACUUUUCCAUUAAAAAUAGAAUGCACUUUACAAUGUUAUGCAACGCUUGCUCAUUUAAAUGUUCAAUUAAACUUUAAAUUGAAACAUUUUAAUGACAACUCCGUAUUAUGAUGUUGCGUUCUAUGAAUAUAAAAAAAAACUGGGAUCUGUAACAACACAUUAAGGUAAGAAUAAAGUGAUACGGUCUUUAAACUGUUUUCGCUAUACCUUAGCUAUAAAAUAAUAAGGCUUUAAAGGAACAGUAUGUAGGAUUGUGGCCAAAACUGGUAUUGCAAUCACAAAACUUGUGGCUAAAACUGGUACUGCAAUCACACAACUGGUGGCCAAUACACAAAAUGACAACAUAAACAUCAGUUGAGGGCUGCAACUCCACUUUUUAAAUGACAAUAUCCUGGCCAGACUACUGUUGUCAGUGAUAUAAGUAUUUGAAAUGAAAAUGAUUUCUUAAUGUCUAGUGACAUAUCAGGGCCAUUUUAUGAUUAAUUGAUAUAAAUUUCUUACAUACUGUUCCUUUAACUGUGAAAAUGUAUUUUAUUUAUAGAAAAUUCAACUGGCUAAUUAAAGGUCCACUUUGUAGAUCUUUAGCGGCAUCAUUGUGUGAGACAACUUGGUGACAAAAUGUGCUCUAUAGAAAAGUUUGUCCAUUUACGGCUACUGUAGAAACAUGGUGGCGCAAAAUGGCGACUUCCAUGUAAGGGGGCACGCGGUGUAUAUAGAUAAAAACAGCCCAUUCUAAGCUAAAAAAAACCAAUACAGUUUAUUUUGAAGGGUCCUUAUACACCACUGAUAAUAUAGUAUGUAUAUUGCAUUUCUACCAAGAGAUCCUUCUGAAAGUUACACACUGCACCUUUAAGCUAUGCUGGGCUGAAAAUGUUAAAGUAAAUUUGCUCAAGGGUUUCCCUCACAUAAAAGAGCAAUCCCACGAUGCCUCUUCUGCAGUAUACAGCACGCAUCAAGGUUGACCACCCAUUUCACAACCCUCCACUAAAUGGUUCACUGACCGAAUUAAUGUUAGCAGUCUAGAGAGUGUUUUCUCCAACCUACAUCCAAAACAAAUUCCCAAAGCUGGAGCAAAGGCACUUUCGCAAAACAGAGCUCCCUCUCACAAGGUCUAUGAUUUUUUGUUUAAAUGUAUUACUUAACCGCCUUUAAGAUAAUCUGAUUUUGUUUAAUAGCAAAUAUUAUUAAUAAGAAAUAGAGUAACAUUUAACAUGAACAAAACAGCUAGUUUUUCUUCUUCUGUUGAA